AUGUAUUACUCUAAAAGAGGCACUCCUGCUGAAGCCCGAACUACUACUCUAAAUGAAGAAUUGGGGCAGAUAGAGUAUAUAUUCUCUGACAAAACAGGGACUCUUACUCAGAAUAUAAUGACAUUCAACAAAUGUUCAAUCAAUGGAAGGUUAUAUGGUGAAGUACGAGAUGAACUGGGUCGAAAAAUGGAAAUUACUGAGAAAACACCACCAGUGGACUUCUCAUUCAAUACUCUUGCGGAUAGCAAGUUUCAGUUUUAUGAUCACAGCUUAAUUGAGUCUAUAAAGCUGGAGGAGCCCCAUGUGCAGGAGUUUUUCAGAUUGUUGUCUCUCUGUCAUACUGUCAUGUCUGAAGAGAAAAAUGAAGGGGAACUGAAUUACCAAGUGCAAUCACCGGAUGAAGGUGCAUUGGUUACCGCUGCUCGAAACUUUGGAUUCAUAUUCAAGUCCCGAACACCUGAGACCAUUACUGUGCAAGAAAUGGGGAGAAUUGUAACAUAUCAACUGUUAGCAAUUUUAGAUUUUAACAAUGUCAGGAAAAGAAUGUCUGUCAUAGUACGAAACCCAGAAGGACAGAUUAAACUUUUAUUGUAAAGGAGCAGACACUAUUUUAUUUGAGAGGCUCCAUGUCAAUAGUGAAGAAUUAAUGUACAUCACUUCAGAUCACCUCAAUGAGUUUGCAGGUGAGGGCCUGCGAACUUUAGCCUUGGCUUAUAAAGACCUCAGUGAAGAUUACUUUAAAUGGUGGCUGAAGAUCCAUCAUGACGCCAGCAUCGCUUUGGAGAACAGGGAAGAACGGCUAGCAGACACUUAUGAACAAAUAGAGAGUGAUAUGAUGCUACUAGGUGCUACAGCAAUAGAAGACAAGCUGCAAGAAGGAGUGACGGAUACUAUUGCUGGUCUUUUGUUGGCCAACAUAAAGCUGUGGAUCCUGACUGGAGACAAGCAGGAAACUGCAAUGAACAUUGGUUAUUCUUGCCACAUGCUCACAGAUGACAUGAAUGAUAUGUUUGUAAUAUCUGGUCGCACAGUAACAGAGGUUCGAGAAGAACUAAGGAAAGCUAAGGAAGCAACAUUUGGACAAAGCAGAAGCCUUUUCAAUGGCCACCAAUUCUCUGAGAAAAUGAACGACAUAAAGCUUGAAUCUGUGUAUGAGGAAACUGUAACUAGUGAAUAUGCCUUAGUCAUAAAUGGACACAGUCUGGCACAUGCCUUAGAAGCAGACAUGGAGAAAGAUUUCUUGGAGAUCGCAUGUAUGUGCAAGACUGUGAUCUGCUGCAGAGUCACUCCUCUUCAAAAAGCACAAGUGGUGGAACUAGUGAAAAAGUAUAAAAAAGCAGUUACCUUGGCCAUAGGGGAUGGUGCCAAUGAUAUCAGUAUGAUAAAAAGUGCUCAUAUAGGAGUUGGCAUCAGUGGACAAGAAGGCAUGCAAGCAGUUCUGGCCAGUGAUUACUCGUUUUCUCAGUUUAGAUACUUGCAAAGACUUCUACUAGUUCAUGGUCGCUGGUCCUAUUUCCGAAUGUGCAAAUUCCUCUGCUAUUUCUUCUAUAAAAACUUUGCCUUUACACUAGUUCAUUUCUGGUUUGGAUUCUUUUGUGGAUUCUCAGCCCAGACAGUCUAUGAUCAGUGGUUUAUUACACUUUUCAAUAUUGUAUAUACAUCACUUCCUGUCCUAGCCAUGGGGCUGUUUGAUCAGGAUGUGAAUGAACAAAACUGUAUGGACUACACUAAACUCUAUGAGCCUGGUCAGCUGAAUCUACUAUUCAACAAGCGGAGAUUUUUUAUAUGUGUGUUACAUGGGAUUUACACCUCUUUUGCCCUGUUCUUUAUACCUUUUGGUGCAUUUUUUAAUACAGCUGGAGAGGAUGGAAAACACAUAGCAGACUAUCAGUCUUUUGCUGUCACUGUUGCUACAAGCCUAGUAAUAGUGGUCAGCGUCCAGAUUGGCCUGGACACCAGCUACUGGACCGCUAUUAAUCAUUUCUUUAUCUGGGGCAGCCUCGCUGUGUACUUUUCUAUCUUAUUUGCCAUGCACGGAGAUGGGAUCUUUGAUAUUUUCCCAAGUCACUUUCCAUUUGUGGGAAAUGCCAGAAAUUCUUUAAGUCAGAAAAGUGUUUGGCUUGUGAUAUUCCUGACCACUGUGAUUUGUGUCAUGCCUGUGCUGACUUACCGAUUCUUGAAAGUGGAUUUGAGUCCUACACUAAGUGAUAAGGUUCGAUAUUUGCAGCAGGCUAAGAAGAAGCGGAAACCCCUGGCAAACCGUAUGCGUAGGGUACACAGAACUAGUUCCAGGAGAUCAGGUUAUGCUUUCGCUCACCAAGAAGGCUAUGGUGAACUUAUUACAUCUGGUAAAAAUAUGCGUUUAAAUGUACCCCAAUCCUCUUCAAGCUUAGCACGAACAAUGCUGAGCAGCACAAGCUGGAUAGAAAACUUACGAAAGAAAACUGCAGAGAAUUUUAAUAGCUUCAGCAGUGACAAAUCCACAAAACUAUGA